GUGAAAAUGGGAGUACAAGUGCUGUUUACGCUGUAUGAGCAUGCCUCAGGGUAUGCUCUUUUCAAAGUCAAAGAGUUUGAAGAGGUGGGCAUGCAAAUUCCACAAGUUGAACAGAGUGUCACAGACCCAAGCAAAUUCCAAUCCAUUGUACAGCUAGUGGCAUUUUCUCCUUUCAAAAGUGGAACAAAUGCCCUUGACAACAUCAACAGCAUUUCUGAAGGCCUUCUUCAUGAUGACCUUAAACUGUUCCUCGAGACACAUGUCCCUAAAGCUGGAAAGAAGGAGAAAGUUGUGGUGGGAGUGGCAGAUUCCAAGAUAGGAGCAGCCAUUACAGAUGAGUUAGGAAUGAAGACCAGUCACAUUGGAGUAGUACCAGAAGUUUUGAGAGGAAUCCGAGUACACUUCAGUCGGAUGGUGAAGGGGUUAAAUGAAAAAUCCGAGAGUAAGGCACAACUUGGUCUCGGUCACAGCUAUUCCAGGGCCAAGGUCAAGUUUAAUGUCAACAGACAGGACAACAUGAUUAUCCAGAGUAUCAGCUUACUGGAUCAGCUGGACAAAAACAUCAACACUUUUUCCAUGAGAAUCAGGGAGUGGUAUUCAUAUCACUUUCCAGAACUGGUGAAAAUUGUCAACGAUAAUUACAUGUUUGCUAAAGUGGCACGGUACAUUGGGAACAGAAAGGAGUUUGAUGAUGACAAGCUGGAGGGCCUAGAAGAGAUUGUCAUGGACAGUGCCAAAGCUAUAGCUAUUCUUGAUGCUUCAAGGUCAUCAAUGGGAAUGGAUAUUUCACCUAUCGACUUGUUGAAUAUUGAGACGUUUGCCACAAAAGUUAUCUCCCUUACUGAAUACCGCAUGAGCCUUGCUCAAUAUCUCCAAAGUAAGAUGAGCCAGGUAGCACCGAAUCUCGCCACAUUGAUCGGUGAACAGGUUGGAGCCCGUCUGAUUGCCCAUGCAGGAUCACUGACAAACCUUGCCAAGUAUCCAGCAUCUACUGUACAAAUCCUAGGUGCAGAGAAAGCACUGUUUAGAGCCUUGAAAAGCAAAGGGAACACACCCAAAUAUGGGCUCAUUUUUCACUCCACAUUUAUCGGCCGUGCUGGAACCCAAAACAAGGGUCGCAUUUCACGUUAUUUGGCAAACAAAUGUUCCAUUGCCUCAAGAAUCGACUGUUUCUCGGAAUAUCCUACAUCUGUGUUUGGGGACCACCUGAGACAACAAGUGGAAGACAGACUGAAAUUCUAUGAGUCUGGCGAUGCACCAUCCAAAAAUGUAGAUGUAAUGAAGCUAGCUAUGGAAGAGGCUACAGAGGUGCAGAAAAAGCUAGCAAAGAAGGAAAAGAAAAAGAAGAAAAAAGACAAAAAGAGGAAAUCUGAGGCUGACGAGAGUGCAGGUAAUACAACUAUGGAGGUAGAUACAACAGCUGAUAUGGAAGAUGAAGAAACGUCUCCUCCUAAAAAGAAGAAGAAAAAGAAGUCCAAGGGUGAUGAGCAAGAGGUUGCCAUGGAUAUGGAUGAAUCAGGAGACGCUGGCAGUGAAGAAAAAACCAAGAAAAAGAAAAAGAAGAAGAAGAAGGAUGAUGAAUAGAAUGAAUGUAAUAUUUUACUAAGGCAAAUGGGUUCUGAAAACAUAUUGUAAAAUAUCAGGUUAAAUGUAGGAUAGAGGGUUUCUUAUUGAAAAAAAAAGAAAACCAGAAAGACAUAUAAUUUGACAAAAAUCAGAUAUAUAUGUACCUCUUGCUUUUUGUACAUAGUAAAAAAAAAAGUAAUAUUUGUUAAGCAAAAACCUGCAAAAUCAUUGUUGUGUAAUUGUUUUUGAAUACCUGACAUGGAUGGAAGAAUGCCAACAUCUUUGGAAUAACUUAUGUUUGAUCAUUGUAUGUUGAAUUGUUUUAGGACUUAACAUUAACAGCUGAGAUUUGCAUUACAUUAUUUCCAUGUUAAAACCAGCGAAUUUCUUCUUUAGAACAUGAACCUGUAUUUUUCCAAAUAAAAUUUUCUUAAUAGUA